GAUAUUUCGCUCAGUGAUUCAGUCGCUAUCCGAUUUCUGGGCAAAAAGACGGUUUAUGAACAACCCUGAUUCAAAAUUUUAGGUUAAAAUUUCUCCGCAUUUUAUAAUAGCCCAAAAAACUCAAUUUAUCCGACCCAAAAUAACAAGUUUUGAAACGAAAAAAUUGGGUCUACACCUGAACCCCCUGAAGUUUUAGCCUAAAACAGACCACUUUUCUCCCUCCAAUCCUCAACUCUACAGUCUACACCAUAUGAGUGUGUGACCAUAUACAGAUACACGAAGUAGUUUAUAGUUUUUACUACUAGAGGUUUACAAAAUACAGGUCCUCUAAAUAGAAAACUCUUGAAACCACUUCUUAUUCAACCCUUUAAAGUUUUAUCGCUUAUUCUCCUGGAAAUUGGAAUGUGUGAGACUAUGAGUUGCGGAUGCAGAAUUUCGCAGCAUCUUAAACUCAAAGAGUGUGAGGGAUUUGGGAUUCAAUUUUCUUCUUCUCCCAAAUUCUUAAUUUCUUCCUAUAUUAAACCCCAACUUUCUCAACCCACCACAAAUACAAUAGGAAAAUUACUAGCAAAAACUUCUUCUUUUGCUUUUUCUUCUUCUUCUUCUAUUGCCACUUCUUUCCCUUUCAUCAGUUGUCUUCAAUCUAAAUUUCCCCGCGAAGUCCCAAUACUAGAAGAUUCAUCCUUCAGCCAGAAGGACGAUGAUAGUGAGAUUUCAUCUGAAGGGUUGUCAUCAAUAGCAGGAGGCAUAGUAGCAUUGGGGAAGUUCGACGCCCUUCAUAUUGGUCACAGGGAACUUGCCAUUCAAGCAUCUGAAGCUGGUGCUCCAUUUCUUUUGUCAUUUGUAGGGAUGGCAGAAGUGUUUGGCUGGCCACCUAGGGCUCCUAUUGUUGCUAAAUGUGACCGCCAUCGGGUUCUUUCUUCGUGGGCUCCAUUCUGUAAUAAUGUUCCUCCACAGGAAUUCUUGAUUGAUUUUGCAAGUGUUAGGCAUCUCACUCCUCAGCAAUUUGUGGAGAAGCUAUCUAAGGAGCUUGGUGUACGUGGGGUUGUGGCAGGUGAAAAUUACAGGUUUGGAUAUAAAGCUGCUGGUGAUGCAUCUGAACUGGUGAGGUUAUGUGACAAAUACGGGAUACAUGCAUAUAUAAUAAAUUCUGUUAUGGACAAGAAUCAAGACACGAUUAAUCCGGCCCUACGGGAUAAGAAAGAGAGAGGCCAAGUCUCAUCUACACGUGUACGGUAUGCUCUCAGUAAAGGAGAAAUAAACUAUGUUUCGGAGCUGUUGGGGCGACAGCAUCGCCUCAUCUUGUCAGCUGGAAGAAAGGAAGAGUUUGUUUCUGUUGAAAAUCGCCUUUCUGCUCCAAGAGCAUAUCUGUUGAAUCUACCACCUAAAGAUGGUUUAUAUGGGCAUUGUUCCCUUAUAGUUGGUGAUAGACAGUUUUCAUGUAGGGUGCUCAUUGAUUCAGCACAUAUCCACAUAGAAUCAGAUGAGAAGGGUCUCUGUUUUUCGGAUGCUUAUAACAAUCAUCGGUUUUUGGGCAUUGAAUUUAGGAGCUAAACAAGUUGAUUCUGACAUUCAUGUAGCUUGAGCAAUUGGGUUUACAGAUUAGUUGAUCUAGCAUUGGGAUUAUUUUGUGAAUCUGGAUCAUUUCGAGCAACUGUACGGGUCAGUAACGAGAGAGAAAUCUUGAUUUGGUCUUCAAAUGCUAUUUAAGACGUGAAAAUGGGUCCAAUGCCUACUGAUAUGGGCACUUGAAUGAUGGUCCUUUGAUUAUCGAGUUGGCAGCAAAGCUGUAUAGUGUAUCCGAUUGAGGCUGGAGGUUUAUGCUAGUUUCAUGAAUUGGCAAGAAUAUUGCACUCAUUGUAUUGGUGUAGUAUUCUGCUCUCUCUACAUACUGUGCAAUUUAUUUAGAAAAGGUAAGAAACCCUUCUUCUUCUUGGAUUGGUUGGUAAAAUACCAGUGUUGCUAGUGUUAGAUAAUCUGAAGUACUACAGAUCAAUUGUUUUAGUGUGCAAAAAAUGGGAAAGAACAAAAAUAUAGUUCUUUUUGUUCUGAAAGUAAUAUAGAUGAAUACUGUUGUAUUCUUAUUUCUUCUGUAUUUCAAUGUUGAAUUAAAAUCAAUUUCGCCAUUGGUUAGCAGUUGGUAAUAAAAGGUGUGGUUGCAACUA